AUGAGCGGGGUGAAAGGUGACAAUGUGACGUCUGAGCUACUGCUUGCGAUGAAGUCUGGAAAGUAUGUGGCGGGAUUUAAGAGCACGCUGGAGUCUGUGAUAAACAGACAAGCGAAAUGCUUGGUGAUAUCAUCUAAUUUUCCUGCUACUAAGAAGAAGCAAUUGGAGUACUACAGCGUGCUAGCUGGGGGACUUCCGAUAAUUUUUCACACUGCAAAUAAUAAUGAGCUUGGAAGUAUAACUGAGAGAGGGCAUAGGUUGGGGUGUAUAUCUAUUCUUGAUCAAGGGGAAGCAGACCUGAUACCUGCAAAAGAGGAUUAA